AUGCCUUACACCUGCUGCCUUCCCAGCAUCAGCUGCCAUACCACCUGUGCUUCUAGGCCCUGUUUGCCUUCCAGUUGCCAUGGCUGUACCCUCCCUGGAGCUUGUGACAUCCCUUCCAAUGUGGGCAACUGUGGAUGGUUCUGUGAAGGUGCCUUCAAUGGCAAUGAGAAGGAGACCAUGCAGUUCCUCAAUGACCGCCUGGCCAACUACCUGGAGAAGGUGCGGCAGCUAGAGACCGAGAAUGCUGAGCUGGAGAGUAAGAUCCGGGAGUGGUGCCAGCAGCAGGUCCCCUAUGUCUGCCCAGACUACCAGAACUACUUCAGGAUCAUUGAGGAGCUCCAGCAGAAGAUCCUGUGCACUAAGUCUGAGAACACCAGGCUGGUGGUGUGUGUUGACAAUGCCAAGCUGGCCUGUGAUGACUUCCGAACCAAGUAUGAGACUGAGCUGUCCCUGCGCCAGCUGGUGGAAUCUGAUAUCAACAGUCUGCGCAGAAUCCUGGACAAUUUGACUCUGUGCAAGUCUGACCUGGAGGCCCAAGUGGAGUCCCUCAGAGAGGAGCUUGUUUGCCUAAAGAGUAACCAUGAGGAGGAGGUCAACUCCCUGCGUACCCAGCUUGGUGAUCGACUCAACGUGGAGGUGGAUGCUGCCCCAACUGUGGACUUGAACAGGAUCCUGAAUGAGACUCGGGCUGAGUAUGAGGCUGUGGUGGAGAAUAACCGCAGAGAUGUGGAGGAAUGGUUCACCACUCAGACAGAGGAACUGAACAAGCAGGUGGUGACUAGCUCUGAACAACUGCAGAACUGCCAGGCUGAGAUCAUUGAGCUGAGACGAACUGUCAAUGCUCUGGAGAUUGAGCUGCAGGCUCAGCACAACCUGAGAGACUCUUUGGAAAAUACACUGACUGAAUCCGAGGCCCGUUACAGCUCCCAGUUGUCCCAGCUACAGUGUAUGGUUUCCAAUGUGGAAUCCCAGCUGGCUGAAAUCCGUGGUGACCUGGAGCGACAGAACCAAGAGUACCAGGUUCUUCUGGAUAUUAGGUCUCGGCUAGAGUGUGAGAUCUCCACAUACCGUAACCUGCUGGAGUGUGAGGACUGCAAGCUGCCUUGCAACCCUUGUGCCACCACCAACGCCUGCGGUAACUCCUGUGGGGGCUGUGGCACCUCCUGUGGGGGCUGUGGCAGAUCUUGUUCCCGCACUUGUUGAAGUCCCAUCUUUCAGUCUCACCAUGUAAACCCAUGAUGGGAAAGAUCAUUUGAUCCUGACUUCUGACUUUGCUCAGUUCUCAAAGCCAUUAGCAAUAUUUUGGUUCUUUUCGCAUCAUCCUCACUUCUGUCAACUAUAUCACCAUUUUCAGGAUCUCCCACGUACUUCAGUGAGUUCCAGAGCCAACACCAAGAAUAGCAUCAUCAACUCCCAAUUGGUUGGAACGAUCCUUAAUGGAAAGCAUUGAAGCCUCUUAAUUUCUGAUGAUGCCCAACUCCCUAUAACUUCGUCAUGGGCUAUUACUUUGGGGUGUUUCCUGUACAGAUGGUGUUUCCACCUUCCUUGCAUCUUCAGCAUCUUCUGGAAUGCAAAGAGGCACCUUCAUUUACCUUCCAAUAAACUUUAUUUCUUUGCAUUAUAAA